GGGAUUAAGGAUUACACAAUUAUGGUUAAACAACACUGUCAUUUUGAAAUAUUAUAACAUGUUAUUUCCUUAAGACUUAAACUUAAUUAAUAUAAAAAAUCAAUGUAAUUAUGGUGUUAUUACUAUUAUUUGUAUAUUAAAUAUGUUCAUAUCUUCCAGGUAUAUAAGUCUUUAAGGUAGAAGCUUUAAAAGAACAUUAUAUCAAGCUGGUGUUUUCCAAACUAAAGUUUUAUGGUAAUUUUGGGCUUAUAAGGAUGAUAAACUUUAUUGGAGAUUUAUUUAUACCAUUUAAUAUUCUGUAACGGGAACUGUUAUCAAUAAGAUCUAAAGUUUUAUGUUACUUUUUACACUGGGGUACAAUUUUUAAGUUAAUGAGAGCCUAGUCUAUGUAAAGGUUAAUAAUGAAGAACACAAACAUUUUGCAACUUUUCCACAAAAGGUUAAAAGCUCUCAGCCUUUCUGUAAUUCAUAUUUUAAAUGUAAUAUCAUAUUGUGUUAGCUAAUAUUCAUAUGACCUCGAGCAACAAUAUAUGUAAACUUUAUAAAAUGAUAUAUAAGAAACAAAAAUCAGCUUCAGAACUAGAACACUUAAGAUUUAUAAAGAGCCCUGCCUUACCUGAGAUAAGGCUCUGCCUCCCAUCUUAAUACAUGUCAGAAUGACUCCACAGCAGGCCAGACUUCAGUUUAUUUAAAGUUGUAUUCAAAAGAUUGAUUUUUGUUGUUAAGAUUACUAAGAUCUCAAAUAGGGGUUAUAAUAUAACUCAGUCAAAGCUCAAGGUAGUUAUUGCACAAAUUAAAUAUGUUUUUACUCUUGUAAAUUUUAUUUUGUAUUUUCUUUAAAAAUGUCUGAAUGUUGCCUGUUAAUGUUUUACAGAGGUAUUGCUUCAAGAGCACACAACCUGUGUUAAUUUAAGAUAAUAAGCCAUCACUUAAAGGACGCACAGGAUAGCACAGACCCCAAUUAAUGUAAGGUUAUAGACAUUAAAGUUAAAGCCCAGUAUUCUUAAUUUAAGACUGAUGAAACUGACUUGCUAGAUGUUUAAGAUCAAGAUUUAAAGAUUAAAGUUAAAUUAAAAGGGACCAAGAACCAAUAUUUGGCUUUUGCCUUCUGAAUCAGUCUAAACCCAGGAAACAGGGAACUUCUCUAAAGAGCUUUGCAACUCUAGGCCACAUAACCUCCCAAUCAGGGAGAUUCAUUAGACCACUGGAGAACAGAAAGCCAAUGGAGGCACUUACCAUGAAGAGGAGGGUUAUUGGAGAAAGGAGACAUCCCUGGUGCUUCCAAGGGAAGCCAUAUGGUCAGCAAGAUCUGGACCCAUCCUAGCGCAAAUGGCACUAGCAGAACUAAGAAAUUGCUCUCAAGUUCCCCCAAGAGUGUCUCCUAUGGAAACUCAGCUGACUCUUAAUAAUAGAUAAAAACAAAAGUCAGUUUGACUUGUUUCAUCUUAAACACAUAGCAAAGACAGUUAAAACCAAAACAUAGUCACACCAGGACAUUUAAAGAUAAAUAAUAAUAGUUAAAUAUAACUUAAGAUAUACACUUAUGUUAGCCCCUAAAAUAAGUAAGACUGGAGGCUAUAAAGAGAGAUUCUUAGGCAGGAAUGCCUGAUAACUAUCAAAAGAAACUAUCAAGAGGAACUGCCAGAGUCAGAAUUUAGUUAAUUUAAGGCCUACAGGUAGGCUUGGUGUUUGCUAGUAUGAUUAUCCAGACCUAAGUAACAGAAAUAAAGGGUUCUCUACUAGACACGGAGGUCAUACCAGCACAAAUUUUACAAGAUCAGGUGACAUUGAGUAGCUUAACUACAUCUCAUGGAGAUGGACAUCUCCAACAUUAAAAGUUAAAUGUUGUGUUUACGUUCCUGAUAACUCUAGAGAUGUUAAAGAUUUACAUUCCUAUAUAAAGGCCUUGUCCACUCUGGCCUUAUUAUGGGGACACCUUCUCAGUCUUCACACCUCCUGGUGAGAAAAUUUUAACUUCUGUCAUCUUCAUGAUAUUCAUUGACAUGUUCCAAAGGCAGCAAUAUUUGUUCAGUACUCAUGUUUUUUGUUUCUCUUUCAUAGAAGCACCCAUCUGCACAGAACUUUACAACCUGUUCUUCCCCAACCAGACUUCAAUCUGACCUGAACUCCAAUGCUGUUUUCCCACCAACCCACAUUGCCCACUCUCAGCUAUGAAGAAGCCAAAAUGAUUGUUGCCUCUUUUUCUUACAACAAUGAAGUUAGAAAUAGAUAGACAGUCAAUAUAGAUAGGUAAAUCGAGUCAGGUCGGAUCAGGGAGGCCAGUUUUGGAUGAGUCCAGGAAGUUGGGGACUGUCACCUGAGGAAUUAAAAUUCCUCCAGAGCUCUUCCUCUACCCUAUCAAAGAUUUGAAAGGGACACAUAAGACAAGGGGGGAAUGAUAAACCCAGCCUAAUUCCAUCUAAAUAUUGCGAGCCAUCUCAUCACAAAGUCAUGAAAAGUUAAUUUCUGUUUUACUAUAAAUUACUGCAAUUUCUAAUGCCUGCCCAUGCCUUGAACUCAUUCAUGCUUGGUUUUCCCUGACCAGAUAAUAACCCUCUCUGAAACCUUACUGGCGCCUCAUAAAUUCUGGUUUUCCCUGACCAGAUAACAACCCUCUCUGAAACCUCAGUGGUGCCUUGUAAAUUCUAGUGUUGGGAUCCAAAUUUACUCUCUAGCCUUCAGAGCGGAGAUAGCGUCUGUCUGGCUGCCAAUGGGCGUCUUUUUCUGAGGUGGGGUGCUGACCUGGGCCCCCUGUGAUGUCUGUGGCCUUGGUACCUGACUGGAUGAGGGGCAAGGCAGAAGCCAAUCAAGAGACCAUCCAAAAUCAAAGGAAGCUCCUGGAGAAUGACCAGCUGAUCUGCUGUAUUGUGGAGUAUCAGAACAAGGGUCGAGCGAACAAGUGUGUCCAGUACCAGAUUGUGUUACAUAGAAAUCUCAUUUAUUUAGCUACCAUCGCAGAUGCCAACUCAUCCAGUACUUCAAAAGCAAUGAAAUGAUCUUUCAGUUAUAAGGAGUAAUUGAAUGUAAUCCAUCACCUAUAAAAUGGAGACAGGAUCAUUACCAACUCAAUUGCUUAAAACAUGAAACCUCUGGUUAAAAAUGUGAAAAUGCGAAGAAAGUUAAUAGUUUACUAUAUUCUCAAUGUAAAUAUUUAUUUUAAUAAUUAAUCAGAUCCCUCAAUAAGUAGACCACAGGUGUCCUCUUUCCUGAAAUGGGAGUGUGUUUGGAUAACACAGACAUCGUGGGCAUCUUCCAGACUACUCAGUAGUUUCAGCCUGAAGAGGAAACUGGGUAGGUGUUGGAGGAUCAGCAGGAAUUGCUGAGUCUUCUGACUGAGCCUUUGCCAAAUGGAUUAAGUAUCUGUAUGCUCCCAUCCAGUUUGUAAGUAUGUUCCCCCUGACUGCUCUUCUCUUCUUGGAUUACUUUGAAAUAAAGCUUGAUUUUCCACAAAAGAAAA